AUGGCGACAAAUAAAAGCCCCAGAACUUCUCCUAAAUCAAAAGGAGUUAUUAAUAACAAGAGGAUGACAGAAUUUUGGUCAAAAGUGGCAACAACAAGAGAAGAAUCAUCACCACAAUCACAUCCAAAUAAACAAAUCAAGACUAAACAUGUUGUUAAUAAUAAUAUUCCAUUAGCUGCUAACACAUUUGUUGGUCAACAAGGAAUAGCGGGAGAAAAUGGAUUAUUAAGAUUUCUUAUUAUGUGUGAUAAAAUACCAUCAAUGAUAUUAUGGGGACCUUCAGGAACUGGAAAAACUACUUUAGCCAAAAUAAUAGCGAAUUCAACUAAAUCAAUUUUCAAAGAAUUUUCUGGAAUUACUCAUGUAUCUGAAGAUCUCAAAAAAGCAUUUAAUGAUGCCAAAAAUGCAAAAAGAUUAAUUCCGGGAACAAAAACAAUUAUCUUUAUAGAUGAAAUUCAUCGUUUCAACAAAGGACAACAAGACUUGCUUUCGUCACAUAUGGAAUCAGGAGAUAUCACACUAAUAGAGAAUCCAUCAUUCAAACUAAUUUCAACAUUAUUGAGUAGAUGUAUGAUUUGUAAAUUGAAUAAAUUAUCACCUGAUGAAGUAUAUGAUAUCUUAAAAAGAGCAAUUCAAAAAAUUCAAUUUGAUCAAGAAAAAGUUAAGGAAGUAAGAGUAAGCAAAGAAUAUGGAAAAUUCAACAACCAAAUUAGUAAAGAAGAUAUUAUGAAAAUAUUUCAAAAAUCUCAUUUACCAUAUGAUAAAAAUGGAGAUGAACAUUAUAAUAUUGUUAGUGCUUUUAUUAAAAGUCUUAGAGGAAGUGAUGCAAAUGCCAGCUUAUAUUGGCUUGGAAGAAUGCUUAAUUCAGGAGAAGAUCCUUUAUUCAUAGCAAGAAGAUUAACUAUAUUUGCAUCAGAAGAUAUUGGAGUUGCUGAUAAUAAUGCACUUGUAUUGGCCACAUCAACAUAUCAAGCAUGUCAAUUUAUCGGUAUUCCAGAAUGUGAAAUUAAUUUGGCACAUUGUGUUACGUAUUUAGCUGAAGCACCAAAGAAAUAUUUACCUUCGGAAUUAAAACGAAAAGUAUUUUUGGAUGUUUAUAAACCAACGAAACGAGAUGAUAAUCUUGAUAAUUAUCGUCAUUUUUAUUAUUAUUUUGAUGAUAGUCGAUUUGAUAAUAAUGAUAAUAUUGAUAAUGAUGAUGAUAAUGUUAAGAGUGAUAAUGUUAAGAGUGAUAAUGUUAAGAGUGAUUAUGUUAAGAGUGAUUACGUGAAGAGUAAUUGUGUUAAGAGUGAUAAUGUGGAUGCAAUGAAAGCAAUGAAAAUGGAACAAUAA